UGGUAUAAAAUAUAACUGGUAGAGGCAUUAAGCUACUUGUAGUGUAUGUAUUAUAUUAUUAUCAUUAAACGUUAGCUAAAAAUUAUUAUUAUUAAAAAUUCUUAAACGUGCUUAUUAAAAUUAAAUGUUAGAAAUGUUUAAAUAAGAUCGAACAGGAAUAUCGACAAAUCAUUAAUUUGUAAUAAAGAGUGGGAGCGUUAAGUAUAUUGUAAUCCGACUGAGCUCCUCCUCCCGGCCAUGCCCUCUAAUUAACGGGGCUCCUUUCCUGCUAAAGUCUGCAUCGGACUGCAACAUAGUCAAAGAGCAAGAGGGAGAGAGAAAGAAAGAAAGAGAGAAAGUGAGGGGGAGAGAGAGAGAGAGAAAACUGCCACUGGAUGUAAUUGAUUGUCUUGCUAUCAAGAAUAACUUGUUAGUAAUAGUCAAUUCUGGCUGCUUUUGAGGCUGACUGUUUCCACUAAAGCAUCAGAGGUUGUCAGGCUGGUACUCACUGAAGCUAAACCGCUAUCCAGGAACUGAGGACAGCAGACGCGGCAUUUUUAAGAAAAAAGACUUAAAAGUUCUCCAGCCCUGCGGCAAAAGCAACAACAUGCUGCUGAUCGGCUACAUCUAAUUCCACGGAUUUUGGGGAUAUAUUUUCAUUUAGUUUACGCAGUGUUUUUAUUAUUUGUAUAAGCUGAGCUAUUUAGAGUUGUGCGAUUUCGAAACAUUUUCUGCUCUACUGUAGCUCUAACAUACUUUGAAACUUUAAAAGCGUAAAGCUUAAAAAGACACACAAUGACCUCCAAAGAAGACGCAAAAGGCGCCUCGGUUGAGGAUCGAAGGCGCAGCCCGUUGGACCACCUUCCUCCACCUGCUAACUCGAACAAGCCUCUUACUCCGUUCAGCAUAGAGGAUAUUUUAAAUAAACCUUCUGUCAAACGAAGUUACACACUUUGCGGUACAGCACACCUGCUUUCUUCCGGUGAGAAACACCCGAACAGUGGGCAUCCGCUUUCCACUCGGUCGCUGCUCACCCAGACAUCUCCACUGUGCGCUCUGGAGGAACUCGCCAGCAAAACCUUCAAAGGACUGGAAGUCAGCGUUCUGCAAGCGGCAGAAGGAAGGGACGGCAUGACACUCUUUGGUCAGAGGAAUACGCCCAAAAAGCGAAGAAAGUCGAGAACAGCCUUUACCAAUCACCAAAUCUAUGAACUGGAGAAAAGGUUUCUUUAUCAGAAAUAUCUGUCUCCUGCUGAUCGAGAUCAGAUUGCUCAGCAGCUCGGGCUCACGAAUGCUCAAGUCAUCACAUGGUUCCAGAACCGCCGAGCCAAACUUAAAAGAGACCUGGAAGAGAUGAAAGCGGAUGUGGAAUCGGCUAAAGCGGUAGGCAAUGUACCUUUAGAAAAAAUUGCCAAACUGGCAGACCUUGAGAAAUGUGUGAAUGGUACUCUCGGAGAAUCACUGGCCAAGUCUCCAAGUCGAUCUAAUCACGAGCACGAGGGCAACAACAAACUGUACAUGUCGCCAUCAUCACCAUUUACAGACCACACAACGAGCAAAGAGUGUUCAGAGGAUGAAGACGAGGAAAUUGAUGUCGAUGACUGAUUGUCUUUGAACUGCAUCGGUAUUAUUUACCUUUUUCUGAGAUGGUCCUCGAAAAACCAUACAAGUUGAAAGUGCCAUUAAUGCACCAAAUGUAUGAAAUGAGUUGUAUUAAAAGCAAAACAAAUCGAUAUACAAAAAAAUCAAAGCAAGCAUGGGACAGUUUCUUCAGAUCUAUUUAUGCAGUGACAUUUAUCUAAUAUCGUAAUCCUUUAGCCUAUUCGUUUAAACAAAUAGCUGAAGAGCAAUAAGUAAGUUGACAAUAUUCGAGUCAGAUAUAAACACACACACAUACACACUUAAAGCACGAUUGCCCACACUAAAGUUUUUUUACCCUGUUUUGAAUUUAAAGUUCAAUGCAUGUUUUAUUUUGUUUCACGAAAUGAUUUUAUUCGAAAUAGCUGCAUAUCGUAUAUAGAUAUUUCAAAACAUCCGAAAUUUAAUUCACAUGUGCAGCACCGCUACGUGUCCCUAUUCUGCCUUUUGGCCUAUAUCAAAAUCGUUUGAUAAAAGAGUGUAUUAUAGUACAUUUCCUACAAAAGCUAUCACAGGACAAAAAGAGAAAAAAUCGACUUCUCUGAUUAAAUAUGGACUGUCACGUUUUAAUAUAUUUCUUAUUGUUUGUAUGCCUGUAAGUGCCUUUUUAAGCCAGGAAACCAUUUAAACCAAGUGUACAAAGUGUAAUGUAUUUAAAAGAAAUAAAAAUGUCUUUCUCUAAAUUUU